AUGGUUGUACCCUUGGCUAGUUACUGGUCGUAUCCCACUAUCUUUGAGGCCAUUCGCCCACACCUGUUUGUUUUGACUGCUGAAGCAUUUCCCCAUGUCUAUCAAUGGACCACCUAUCCCAUAACGUCCCUGCUCGAACGCAUAUGGGAACAUUUCCUUCCCAUCAUCAUCAAAGGUGGUAAACCUACACCUCAAGUCGUUGAACUAUGCUCCGUCCUCGAACGCGCGUUGGCGUAUGCUCACACUAGCAAUGGCCAACUGUUGAAGGCCGAUUCUGACGACGACGAGGUUGAGAUUGUGGAGGUGAAAACGGUGAAACGUGCUCGUUUGCAUCGAUACUACAAUAAUCAUGUAUUUGCUACACUUUAA